AUGGCGACGAUUUCAUCCUCCCGCAGGCAGUCUGUGCCAGUGUCAAAGCAAACUUAUUAUUCCAACCAGCAGCAGCCCAUCAACGGUGUGGAGGACAAUGCUCCAUUAACAAAUAGACGACACUCCGCCAAACGGGCUACCUCCCUCAGCUAUUCCAACCACUCUCCUGUCCUUCCUGCAGCCUCAGAGGCUUCCCGUGGGCCUUCCGCUUCGUACAAACUCCCUUAUGGUGGCGUAGGGCCGUCGCGUCGGUUUGGGGACGAGCCGAAGCCUUUCUCUGUGCGGGCCAGAGAAUUACCAGCAGAAACGGCUCUGGAUGGGUUAGAUAGACUUUCUCCUGCAAAUAGCGCCCCCCGGGUGGACUCCCAAAGGCAGUUGCAUGAAGUCGGGUCUUCGAACAGGUUAUCUCCCCAGAUAGACAUGCAAAAUGUGACUAUCCGCAAGCCGAGAAACCCCAAUCGGGCAAGCUUACCUCCUCUUGAUCCCGUCCCACCACCCCAAUCCGAUUCGCCAGUGUCACCUGGUGCAAGAAGAGUUUCGGAAAGCCAAAAAAAGCUUUCAAAACCACGACGUGAUUGGGCUCCGGAAAAGUCUCCUCUACAAAAGCUAGAAUUCACCCUGAAAGAUAUCAGCAAGGAAGAGAAACGUGCCAGGGUGGAAGAAGCUGAGAUGCUCUUGAGAGAAGCAAAAGCCGGUCGUCGAAGUCGUCAGAUGAGCCGUGAUAUCACCCCGACGUCGCAGCCUAGCGCAACUCGCGGACCGAAAACUGGUGCAGAACCCUCAAGUGUUCUCGACGAAGCAGGUUUGGUCCGGAGUCUGAGCAACAAGCAACGUGAUAGAUUGCGGCAUAGUGCCGUCAUAGAAUCAACAGAGGCUGAUGCUAAACGUUUCUCGAAAGAUGGCCGUGGGGGAUUCGAGUACGAAGAGCAAAUACCUAACGAUAUUCGACAACCACCAGCCCAGGAAGAGCCAGUUCUGAGUGAACAAAUUGAUGCUCCAAGGAACAUGGGGCGGCAACGGGGUUGGGAACUCAGUGACACAACAACGCAGACCGCUGAUCAAAGAACGAACGAUGCGGCAACCUUACAGAAAGCUCACGCGCCGUACAAUCGCAUCCCCGAUGAUCUGGAAGAUUCGAACCCCCAUGCACAAAAUAAAGAGCUUGGUCGGCCUGCCAACUUAGAAGAUGUACAAUGCUCCAAUAGCCGGAAGCUACAAAAGCCAUUACCAAAGAUUCUUAACUCUCAAUUUCUGGCAGACCAUCGCGAGAGACAGAAAACAUUCCCACUUCCCGUCUCGUCAGAUUCGGUGGCCCACGAUGCUCGACAACCUACUAAUCGUAACAAUGCGUCAACUAGCAAGAACACACUGGAAAAUCCACCCGUGGGACUUGGACUGAGCAAUACUACACCUCCUCAAGCCACCUUAUCUGGAACUCCGCAGCAGACCAGAAAUAGCAAGGCAAAACAACACAGUGUAUCCUUUGCUGUACCUCCUCCAACACCACCCCCUCUGUCAGAGUGGAAAACUGCGGCUAUAGGGAGAUUGCGUUCAGCUGACUUUGACCUUCGCGAACUUCGAAAUGCUGAGCUUGACAAAGCGUGGUGGGAAGGUGGUGGAUCGGCAAGGAAAAGUAGGAGCAAUGGAGUUGCUUAUGAGCAACAUCCGCCAUCGAAAACGAAACCCAAAAAUAAUACACCAUUUAAUCCGCCAUUAUAUCUCGAAUGUGGGCCUCUCCUCAGAUAUACAGGUAUGAAAUGGGAACAGAAGGAUGGGCUGCAUGGCCCUAUUGAGCAAGCAAUAUGGAGAGGGAGCAUUAUGAUAGUCACCAAGGAUUCUGCGUCGUCUUAUCAGGAACCUCCAACACUCCGCUUGUUCUCCCAGCCAAUGGAUCUACUUCCACCCCCACCAACUGAAAUCAACAACGAGACCGGCGAACUUGCCCCAGAGUAUGUGGAUCCAAUCUCUGGCCUCACCAAACUUGGACGAAACGGCAAGUUACUCUAUGUCAAGCCCGUCGAUCAUCUUGAGGAAGGCAGGGACCUCUCCUUUAUCGACAACGACGACGGGCUCUUCGAAACUUCUCCCAGCCCUCUAGAGUACAGCGCAAGCAACCAAGUUUCUCCACCGACCACUCGCAUUAGAGAGAAAGAUGGGGAAUCUGUCGGUAAAUACAGAGAAGUUAAAGGAGUCCGCCUCUAUACGGAUUCAGCAAGGGACGUAACUUUUUGGCGAUUCAGUCUUGAGAUUGAGUUGGGCGAUAGACAACAGAGAAUUGCCUAUCGAAUCAACCAGGGUUCUGCGAUUGGUUUCUGGGUCCCCGCCAAGGGCCAGUCGAUGAACAUUAUGUUCCACAGUGGGAACGGGUUCAGUGGAUCUGCGGAUCGUGACAAGUUCAGUGGCCCUGAUCCUCUAUGGCGGGAUGUUCUGAAUACUCACCAAACGCGCCCGUUCCAUGUUAUGGUGGGAGGAGGAGACCAGAUAUUCAACGACACAGCCAUUUUCGACACAGAGCAUUUCCGGUGCUGGAUGGAGCUGAGAAUCCCCUAUCAAGAGCGACAUCAUCCCUUCAACCUAGACAUUAAAUCCGAGUUGGAGAAUUUCUAUCUCCAGCAGUACCUGAAAUGGUUCUCCCAUGGCCUGUUCAGCAUGGCCAAUUCUCAAAUACCCAUGGUUAACAUGUGGAAUGACCAUGAUAUUAUUCCCGGCUAUGGCUCUUAUCUGCACCAACUCAUGAGAACGCCGGUAAUGUCUGGGAUUGGUAAUCUGGCGUUCAAAUAUUAUAUGCUCUUUCAGCAUCAGAGCGUUCCCGAAGAGACGGACUUGGACGAACCAAGCUGGUUACUCGGAGCUAAUCGUGGUACCUAUAUCAGUCAACGGAGUAGGAGUGUUUUUAUGAAAAUGGGCAAACGUGUAGCAUUUUUGGCAGUUGAUUGUCAAACUGAGCGAACGAGAGAUGAUGUACUUAACGAUGAUUCGUCUGACCUGAUCUUCAACCGUUGUCAUGACGAAAUUGUCAAGGGAGAAACAAAGCAUUUGAUUGUGCUUUUAAGCGUGCCUAUUGCUUAUCCAAGAUUUGUGUGGCUUGAAAAUGUUCUGAGCAGCCGGGCAAGCUAUCCUGUAAAAGCACUUGGGCGGGCAGGCUUGUUUGGAAUUUUGAGAGAAAAGUUUGACGUGAGCAUGGAAACGAUUGAUAGCCAAUGGGCCUCUAAAGCACAUAAGCUCGAGCGCCACUGGCUCAUCGAAGACUUGCAGGAACUCGCCGCAGAGAAAUCUGUCAGAAUAACUAUACUAGGAGGCGAUGCCCGGGUUGCAGCAAUCGGACAAUUCUACUCUAACCCAAAGUUACAGAUCGCCAAAGAUAAUGACUACAGAUACAUGCCUAAUGUGAUAUCAUCAUCAAUCGUCAAUGUCCCUGCGUCGGAAAUGAUGGCAGAUGCGCUCGACAAACGGAAUAAACUCCAUUUCUUUGAUACGAAAACUGUCGAGGACAUGCGAGCAAUUUUUACUCAUGACGUUGACGGGAAGCCACGAAAUAACAAACGUCUUCUUCCUAGACGGAACUGGUGCUCUAUUCUGGAAUAUGCUCCUGGCUCAACUCCGCCUCCGACGCCCACGGAAUCGGAUCCUCCCAGUCCAGCACAACAUCCCACAAGAAAACUGAUGAGAUCCUUAUCAAUGUCUAGGGGCGAUGGCAGACCCACAAACCUGCUGCGAAGGUUUUCUCAGAGUGGCCCAAAACCACCUACUAGAAGCAAUUCGCUGCGCCUAUCGGAAAAACGCCGCAUGAGUUACGAUGGGCUGCCCACGCCCACUUCACACGCACCGGCUAACUACUUCCCACCCCAACCCCAGAGACCGGUGACAGCUGGAAACCAACCACCAGCCAACGAUCCAUCGCUACCACCAAGCCCAGGUAAUGUCCUCCGCCGCCGCACCGAUCUAAGUGCCAAAGAAAUAAGGCGGGAAGCAAAAGCAGGAUCCCUCGCCCUACAAAACUUCAUCAAUCUCGACGGAGGUCUUGAUAUCACCUUGAACUGCGAAACGAACCCGCAGGACCCAUCGGGCAUUACGAAUCCAUACAGAAUCCUCGUGCCUGCAUUAUGGUUUGAUGGUGUCUUUGAGCGGAGCGAACCGCGGGAGAAGAAUCGUUGGUGGAAGAUUGGUGCGAGGAGGAGGAAGCAGCAGCAGCAGCAGCCGCAGGAGGAAGCGGUCCAGUCAUCAUCCGAGAUGGGCCUAGGGCAGGAACACGAAAUGAAACGAGGAGUCGAACAUACUCAGGCUGGAGGUACGUUUAAAGGGCGAUAUGACGAAGGGGAGGUUGCGCGAAGUCCAAGUGAUGAUGAAUAUGAUGAAUACGAUGAUGAUGUUGGCUUGCCUCCGCUGCCAGCCCCUCCGCCUCAGGGGCAUGGACAUGGAUAUGGUGGGGUGGACGCGUAUAAACCGAAGAAGAAGUGGCUUGGGAUCAUUUAA